AUGUCAGAGACAAACAAUUUUGUUUUAACUGUUCGAUCUGGAGGCCAAACAGGCGCUGAUAGAGCAGCUUUAGAUGCUGCUCUACAUUACAAUUCCACUAAAAACUUAUCUAAUGGCGAGAAAAAAUCUCUCAUCGUUAAUGUUACUGGUUGGUGUCCAAAGGGUAGACUAGCUGAGGAUGGUACCAUCUCACCGCGAUAUCCGCUAAAUGAAACACCUAGUUCAUCGUAUGCUGAGAGAACGGAGUGGAAUAUUCGUGAUGGAGACGCUACAUUGGUUCUGUUAUUAUCUGCCACUACACCGCCUGAUUUUGGAACGAGUUUUACUAUUGAGAAAGCGAAUGAAUUUAAAAAGCCUUCAAGAAUCAUUUUUCUUGAUGACGAUAUCAUGCAUAACGCUCGUCAAGUUAUUAAUUGGAUGAAUGUCAACCAAGUCAACGCGCUGAAUGUAGCAGGUCCUAGAGAAAGUAAUUGUCCUGGACUUUACAACAAAGCAAAAAAAUUUAUGAUUGCCUUGUUAGAUGAAAUAAAUAAAAGCGGCAAGUUAAGUUUAAAAUAG